AUGGCGAUCCCCGAUGCGGACAUUCAUCCUAGCGCAACCGGCAAGGCGGCAGCUAUCGUAGCUCAGCAUCAGAAAGAGGAGCCCAUCACAUUUUACUCGGGUUGGUUUUGUCCGUUCGUGCAAAGGUCAUGGAUCACUUUGGAAGAGAAAAAAAUCCCUUAUAAAUAUGUCGAAAUCAAUCCUUACCUGAAGGAAGAAAGUUUCUUGAAGCUCAAUCCCCGUGGGCUGGUGCCAACACUGGGUGCGCCGCAGAAGGAUGGAUCUCAAAAGCCACUGAUCGAAUCGAAUUUGAUCUCGGAGUAUCUGGAUGAAUCAUUUCCAGACCAGACUCCUCUUUUCCCGAAAGACCCAUACGAGAAGGCGAGGAUGAAGGUGUGGGUUGAUCAUAUCACGACGCGCAUUAUUCCGAACUUUCACAAAGUUCUUCAGCACACCGAAAAGAGCCAGUAUGGCUUGGACAAGGCUAGUGCUGAUUUCCAAAAUGCCUUGAAGACGUGGAUCCAGGAAGCCGAUUCAGAAGGUCCAUAUUUCCUCGGCAAGGAGUUCAGCUACGCUGAUGUUGCUUUGGCACCAUGGGCUGUCAGACUCUGGGUGCUAGAACAUUUUAAGGGAGUCGCUGCCGUACCUCCUCCUGGAAAAGGGGGCGCAGAUGAAGAAUUGUGGACUCGCUGGCGGAAUUGGAGUGAGGCCGUUGCAUCCAGGAAAUCUGUUGCUGAGACUCUUAGCGAUCAAGAGCAUUAUCUCCCCUUGUACCAGCGUUAUGCAGAGGACAAGGCUCAGAGCGAACUUGCGAAAGCCACCAGAGAAGGAAGAGGCGUCCCAUGA